AUGGCAAACGAGCACGUCGGCGUGCCCGACAAACGACAGUCCAUUGUCACGCGGCCGUCCACGAACGAACGCAGCACAAACCCGUUCGCGUUCGUCAGCAGGUUGAAAUCCUCUAGAACGUUUAUCUGGACGGUGUUUUUCUUAUAUUUCGGAGCGGUGGCCCGCCACGGAUGCGGCGAGUCUUCGAGGUCGAGCGGACUGUUGAACAACUGUGGCAGCUUGCCGGUGGACUUGCGCCGGAUCGUGUUGGCUCUCGCGAGCAAUCCGCCAGCAGAGUUGCUUCUCGAUCGACUAAGAUCGGCCGGCUGUGACGAUAGCAAUGGCCUCAGUGUCGACAGCUCCAUGUUGGAAACGUGGCCGGACUCGAUGGUUUCGUCGAGCACCUCGUACAGAACGGCAAAGUUGGCCUUCACAUCCGACUCCGUCACGGUAUCGAUGCCAAUGAGUUUUUUGGUAACGUCCAGAAACCGGUACAGGUACUCAAACACAAGCGAGGCGUCCACGUUCGACCGCGUCACAGCGACUACCCACAGCGAGCCGUGGCGGAUGUGGAUGAACGAGGUGGACCCAAGAGUCAGCACCGGAGACUUGAUGUCGGAUAGCUUGGAAAUCACCUGGAUCCGGAACACCUCGCACACGUUGCGGCGCACGCCGUCCCGGAACAAGCGAGAAAGCAACACCUCUCCCUUGCCGUUGUACACAAACAAAGCGUUGAUCAUUGGGAUACAUCCGUGCACCAAAAUUUCAGGUGAUAAAACUAAGGGAAUAAAAUAA